AUGGCGGCCCCGGCGACGGCGGACGGCGGCGGCUCCGGCGACUCCGCGGGGCCCGCGACGGGUGAGGGGGGGACGGACGGGGACACCAGGGAGUGGCUGCGGGGCGGGGAGGCCCGGGCAGAGCCGUGUGGGGGCUGCGGGGCGGGGGAUCCGGCCGGAGUGUCGCGGCGGGUGAAGUACGCCAGCCUGGGCGUGCUGGUGCUGCAGAACGCGUCCCUCGUGCUCAGCAUCCGCUACGUGCGGACCCUGCCCGGGGAGCGCUUCCUGCCCACCACGGCCGUGGUGAUGGCCGAGGCCAUGAAGGGCAGCGCCUGCCUGCUGCUGCUGCUCAUCCAGCACCGGGGCAGUGUCCGGCAGACGGCGGUGACGCUGCACGAGGCCGUGGUGGGACAGUUUGGGGACACGCUGCGCCUGGCUGUCCCCUCCCUCAUCUACACCCUGCAGAACAACCUGCAGUACGUGGCCAUCUCCAACCUGCCCGCGGCCACCUUCCAGGUGACGUACCAGCUGAAGAUCCUGACCACGGCGCUGUUCUCGGUGCUGCUGCUGGGCACGGCGCUGUCGCGGCUGCAGUGGCUGUCGCUGGCGCUGCUGUUCGCGGGGGUGGCGCUGGUGCAGGCGGAGCAGGCUCGGGCCGUGCCCUCGGCCGCGGCGCUGGGCCCGUCCCCGGGGCCCGAGGUGCCGGCCCAGAGCUACGCCGUGGGGCUGGCGGCCGUGGCCGCGUCCUGCCUGUCCUCGGGCUUCGCCGGCGUCUACUUCGAGCGGCUGCUGAAGCGCUCGGGCGGCUCCAUCUGGGUGCGGAACGUGCAGCUGGGCGCCGUGGGCACGGCCGUGGGGCUGGGCGCCAUGCUGGCCGCCGAGGGCCCGGCCGUGGCCGCGCUCGGCUUCUUCUACGGCUACAACGGCGCCGUGUGGGCCGUGGUGGUGAACCAGGCGGCCGGGGGGCUGCUGGUGGCCGUGGUGGUUCGCUACGCCGACAACAUCCUCAAGGGCUUCGCCACGGCGCUGUCCAUCCUGGCCUCCACGGCCGCCUCCGCGCACCUGUUCGGUUUCCGGCCGCGGGCGCCCUUCCUGGCCGGCACCGCCAUGGUCCUGGCCGCCGUCGUGCUCUACGGGCGGCCCCGCGGCGCCGGCGGCCGCAGCCAGGACAGCGGCAAGUCAGUGGGGCCGUAG